AUGAUGGUACCUGUAUCUGGUUCGAAACGACCGCGCUUUAUCCUCUCAGGUCGUCGGUUUACAUUGAUUGGACUGUUGAUUUUGGUUCUGCUUCCAACAAUUUUCUUUACUUCUAGUGGCAGCAAUGAAGUUGUAGUCCACCAACCAGAUCUUUUGUCUUCCAUCCGUCCCACUUCACCCGUUACGAAAAAGGCAGAUCAGUUACUACCACCUCCCUCCUUGCCAGAACUCACCAACACUCGAAACAAUCAUCCACAAGACCAAGCCAGCUGUGAAGCCAAGAGUUUUGUGUACAUUCAGGAUGUCGUCCACAAAAAGUCCAUCACUGUCAACAGCAACAACAGCAAAAUCCCCAAGGUGAUUCAUCAGACCUCCAAAUCUCGAUGUCUCACCCAACUGUUUGCCAAAAUCUCGGAACCAUGGAGAUCCCUCCAAGGAUAUGACUAUUAUCUCCACGACGAUGAUGCCAUGAUUCGUCUCCUAGUGUCUCAGUCGGAUGAAUUUCCCAUGCUCCAUGAUCUGGUCAUGGCCAAUUGUUUACCCCAUGGUACGCUCAAGGCAGAUGUUUGGAGAUAUUUGGUGCUGUGGACGUAUGGAGGUGUGUAUGCCGAUAUUGAUACCCAGCCAACCAAAGUCUUUACUUCAAACAGCAACAAUCAAGGGACAGCCAUUAAGGAUUCCGAUGAUGGAUGGUUUGUUGUGGAGCAGUUUCACAUAUUGAGUCAGUACGUCAUGGCAGUGUCACCCCACCAUCCACUCAUGUAUUAUGCCAUUCAACACGCUACCCACAAAAUCAUGGCACAAGAAGAUACCAAGCAAAUCAAUGCCGCAUUGGUAACGGGGCCGCAUGCGUUGCAUCGAGCCUUUCAAGAUUUUUGCAAAGAUGCCGGAAUUCGUAUGGAUCCUCAGGGGGUUGGCUUCAAACCAGUCAAGGCGGGGAUUUGGCAAGGUACCAAUGGACGGUCUAUAACUGUGGUGGGACGGGGAGAGUUGGAAGGGGAAUAUAUCACUCGAGAAAUGAUGUCAUUGCACUUGAAGAAGAAACAGUAUGCCAAGAUGGGCAUGAGUAGCUUUCGAGAGGAUAAAAUGCAAUCAUCCGGACAAUCCUGCAUGGCGGCAUUGUUUCAGUAUCAUCAUCAUCAGCACCACAACCGCAAUCUUCUUGAUCAGAACGGUAUGGUGAGUGGGGACAGCAAUCGGGGUGGAUGAGAGAAUGUGCUAGUGGCACCAGUUGGUGUCCUCGCAACCUGCAGACACUACGGACUCCAUGGAAGAAACAGGGACUGCCUCGUGCUAGCUACUACGGUAGCUACAACCGACCGCAAACAGAGAUCCAAUCUGCACCGUUUCAUUUGCG